AUGGCUGCUGCUUCAACAAGCGCUCGUGUUCCAUUGCAGAACUUUUCAGAAUUGCAACGCGGAAAGAGGAAUAAAAUCCCCAGCAGUGUUCUGUUGCUCCAGAUGUGUCGCGAAAAGAAGGAAGUCAAGCAAUUACAUGGCCAACUGAUUCUCAAUGGAUUAAUUCAUCGUAUUCCAAAUGGAGCAAAGCUCGUAGAAUCCUAUGUUGGAGUGUCUGAAACUGAUGAUGCAUUGUUAGUCUUCAACUCAUCAAUUCAAUCACCUGAUACAUUUGCUUAUAAUGUUAUGAUCAGAGGACUGAUUCUUAGCAAACGCCCUAUAGAGUCGUUGUUUUUGUAUGAACGAUUAGUAACAGAUGGACUAUCACCGGAUAGCCACACGUAUACUUUUGUUCUAAAAGCUUGUUCCCAUUUGAAAGCUGUUCUUGAAGGUAAAACAGUACAUGCACAGAUAAUCAAGAAGGGAAUAGAACCAAAUACCCAUAUUUGUAGUUCUUUAAUCUCUAUGUACUCCUGUGCUGGUGAUAUGGCAUCUGCAAAACAAGUUCUUGAUGAAUUCUCAGAGCAUAACAAUGUCAUUUGCCCCUUUAACUCCAUGAUUACCGGUUAUAUGAAUGAGGGUCUGGUAGAAGAGGCCAUUGAGAUAUUCGAUACAAUGGGAAAUAAGGAUACAGCUACUUGGAGCGCGAUGCUAUCAGGGUAUGUUAAGAAUGGUAUGCACGAAGACGCGCUUGUCACAUUUCAGAAAAUGAUGAGUUAUAAUGUCCCAUUGAAUGAAUCUUCACUUGUGUGCACUCUAUCAGCCUGUGGAGAGUUGGGAGCUUUGGAUCAAGGAAGAUGGAUACACAAGUAUAUCAUAAACAAGAGGGAAAUUGUAGUGAGUGUCAAUCUUGGUACUGCGUUAGUUGACAUGUAUGCUAAGUGUGGGUGCGUUGAGUUUAGUUACCAGCUGUUCGAGAAAAUGCCUCGGAGAGAUGUUGUAACUUGGGGAGUGAUCCUUUCGAGUUUUGCAACACAUGGACAAGCCAAGUUAUGCUUCCAAUUGUUCGAUGAGAUGAUAGAGUCUGGAGUUGAGCCAAAUGGAGUUGUAUUUGUAGCUAUACUCUCUGCCUGUUCUCAUGCUGGACUCGUCGAACAGGGAUGUCACUAUUUUGAUCAAAUGGUACAUCAGUUCGGAAUAAGACCAUCCAUUGAGCAUUUUGGAUGCAUGGUUGAUCUUCUUGGACGAGCUGGGAGGCUUGCAGAGGCAGAACAGCUCGUUUUAUCAAUGCCAGAAGAACCUAACUCGGUCAUAUUGGGUGCAUUGUUUAAUGCUUGUAGAAUCCAUAACGACGUUGAAAGAGGGAGGCCCCUAUUCAAGCGACUAAUCAAUUUGGAACCCUCACCUGAUCGAUAUAAACUAGCAGCGUCUUUGUUUGCUAAUAAUGGAGCUGAUCAUGAGAUCAGAAAGUUGCUGAAGGAUAAAAUUUUGGAAACUAGAUGUGGCUUGAGCAAUAUUCAGGUGGAUGGGGUUGAUCAUGAGUUCAUGGUCAGUGAUAUCGCGAAUGACAGAGCUCAAGAUGUCUAUGAGACAUUAGGAGGAUAG